AUGGCCACAACCGCACCCGCACGCGUCACACCGGCCUCGCGACGCUCACCGUCCGUAAGCUCGACAUCUACAACCUCAUCCAUUGCGAAAGGCGCAACUGCGCGUUCUGCAGUUUCUCCACGGGUAUCUUCUUCGCUGAGUUCCCCCGCCGCGAGACGAGGUUCCUUGAAAGGCUCAGCGGCACCACCCUUGGUCAAUGGGGAACCUCGCGAAACGCGUGAAUCGCUCACCGCCUCGCUGAAGCAAGAAACAGAGAAAAAAGAGCAACUACUCGUCCAAUUGCAGGACAAGGAUCAAACGAUCGUACAGUUAAUGUCCGAGAAUGACAGCGUUACCUCUGCUCUUCACUCGGCAGAGUCGCGGCUUACUGAGCUGUAUGCAGACCAAAGUCGAAUGGAAGAAGAGAUGGCAGCACGUAUUGAAGUCGUCGAGAAGCUCCGAACCCAGAUACGUGACCUUGAGAAAGAGAAGCGCGACAUCCAGCGACGCUACAAUGAACAGACCACGACAUUUGAGGCAGAACGCCAAGCCUUCUACGACAAUGAACAACAUCUCAAGUCUCGUAUCCAGUCUCUUACUCAGACGCGAAAACAGCCGGCACAAUCUCUCACAUCGCCCUCCGUAGUCUCGAUAGCUGAGUCGGAGACGCAAGUAGAACAAGAACAGCCAGAGCUUCCGAUGCAAUCCCAGAAACAGGAUAUGAGCGAUCCUGAACAAGAGCCUGCUGAGAUGACGGCCUUGAAGCUUGAGCUCUCUACUCUAUCAACCUCGCAUGCUUCGCUUCAAUCGACUUUGGGCCUGCUACAGACCCAACUGGUGGAUCUGAAACGCGUGAACAACGAGCUUCAAGAAGAGAACGAGUCGUACAACAUCCUUCUCCGAGAGAAGACUCUGAACGGCCAAUUCCAUGUCCUUCGGGUGGGAGGGGGGACUAGUGUCAGCGAAGCGAGUGUCAGUGAACUUGGAGAGGACGAUGAUCCAGACAUGGAGAGUCGAGAUGGAGAGAGUUUGCGCAGCCGUAACACUGGCAGAAGUGUGCUUGACCCUGUGGAUGAACUUGCUGAGGAUCACGAACAUGGGCAUAGACUGGAUCCGGCAUUCGAGCAAGAACACGGUAACUCACUGGAAUCCCGUGAUGCAGACGAGCCCACACGGAAUUCGCGCAGACAUACUCGCAAACAUUCGUCGCAUUCUCCCGCUCCUCGCGGCGAGUCACUUGCUAACUUGCCCAUUACUGGACCUGGUCUAGAUUUGGCUGCAGAACUUGGACGCGCGGAGAACAAGGAUAUUCUCGAAGGCCGUUCCUCUCUGGACAGCGACCGUCUUGUGCAAGCCGUCAAGAGUCGAAAGGGUAGAAAAGCGUCCGGCUCUGACACUAACAGGAAAGUGUCCUCUUCCUCAGAGCCAGGACCGGAAAGUGCACCUCUCAAUGACAUUGAUGCGCUAAGAAAUGAGGUAAAGAGUCUCAAAGACGCAAACAAAGCACUCUCUUUGUAUGCUUCUAAAAUCAUCGACCGCAUCAUCUCGCAAGAGGGGUUCGAACAUGUUCUCGCUGUCGAUUACGAGAAGAUUUCCACUCCCAAUACCGCCGCCACAUUCACUACGUUCAGUAAUUUACAGAAGGCCAGUCCUCCGCAACCACAGUCACAGCCACCGAAGAAGGGUCGACCCCAAUCCGCUAUCUUCUCCUUCUCGUCGUCACCAGUGAAUUCCAGCGCUACGACGUCUCCCGCACCGGAACGGCUGACAACAUUCAAUUCUCCCCCCAUUGGCAAUCUUUCAAACGGACCUCCCUCAGCGUCUGCUUCUACCCGUGCCUCCAGGCGCUCUAUGUCAUUUGAUUGGAAGAGUUUCUCGAUGUUUAGCGGUGGCGAGAAAAAGCUGGAGCCUAGUGCGAACCUACGGCCUUUGACACUGCGGCCGGGGACUGGGCCUACCAUCACGGGAGGGCGCAAAUUGGAAACUCAUGAGGACGACGAGGACCGAAAAGAGCGCGAGCGAUUGCAUGCGACAAUGAAGCUCAUGGGGAUUGAUAAACCCCCCACGCCUGCAAUGCAGAAGAGCUUUUCCGCUCCCUCUGAACCCACUGGUCUGGGAGUUCGAGAUGCUAAUAGCAUAUUGCCACCUCUAUUAGCGAAUACGCCUGCUAGUGUCAGUUCACCUUCUAACGUCGUACCCCCUACACCAUCCUCUCGAUUUUCCUUCUUCCGUCGAACGUCUUCGAUGACAGCUUCUGACACGUCCUCGGUACAUUCCUCCAUGCAUGGGAGCCCGCAACUUCCUAUGAGCGGUGCAAACACGCCGAACCUGACACAGGAAGCGUUAGAACAGGCCGAGGCCGAGAAUACCCUUGCUGCGCUAGACGCGCACGAACGGCAACUGAGUGCCGAAAUUGCUAAAGGUGGAGGUGGGGGAUUCACAGAAAUUAUGCGACGCAGUGGGGACCGAAGAAGCAGUCGCAAGAGUGGGGAGAGCGGGAGCACCGUUUGGAGUGCUGGUAUGAGUAAACAUGAAGAUGGGGACGACUGA